AUGGAUCGUUUGCAGACACAUCCUUCUAUAAUGCAAUGUCGCUUUUGGGGUAUGAUAAAUGGUCUCAAAGCGUCGUAUUACAUUGUAGAAGCUUCAUUAUCCCAUGAAGAAGUGCUAUCGCGCGUCGAUCAAAUGACGGAAGAAUUACAAGAAAAACAUAAGGAUCUGCUGUCGCGAUUAGUGUCGGGCACAAAACCGCUGCCUACAUUUGUUGGACCCGAAUUAACGCCCGGAAAAUUAGGUUGGGAUGAUCAUCCAAUUGAAGAAAUUGAGAAAAUGGUGCCGGCGGCUGCACCCAUACCACUGGCUGAGUCUAAAGAAGUUUUCAAUAUACCGCCAGAAACUGUCGGUACCGGUGCAAAUCGAUUUUCAUAUUUUGUAGUGAACUCAGUCUCGGAUGAUUGGAUGGAACUGCCAAUGGUAACACCGUCUCAAAUUAAAGUAUCACGGGAGAUAAAGAAAUUCCUCACGGGCGAUCUUGAAGCUGAAAUUCAAUCGUAUCCCUGCUUUCCAGGGAAAGAGAAACAUUAUCUACGCGCGCUCAUAGCUCGAAUAACAGCUGGUACCUACAUUGCACCCCACGGCUACUAUAGAACAAUGACCAAGAAAGAGAGACGUCUUUUCGAAGGUAUCGAAGAUGAUGAAGAGGAGGAGGAAGAGGAGCCAUCUCUUCUAGGCGAAGGCGAGGAGGAUAUUAUUGAUAAUGACAUAAUGCUAUUAAAGAACGAAAAAUAUGUACCAGAAUCCUUAGAGUCACUCACAAACCUUCACAAGUGGUUACAUGUAAGGCCAAAUCUAUUGCGUCAGGGGCGUGUGCUCUGGUAUGAUGAACUGAAAGCACAUAAAACUCGUGAAAAAGAAUUAGAACGUCUGCGGAAACUAUUGCGUAUGGAAGAAAUGGGCUGA